CUUAGGUAUUUUCACCGCCAAUUUUUGAGGUUGAGGACUAAUCGGCAUCAACCUCAAGUUUUUGGGGACUAUUGCCGCAAUUAUCCCUUUCUUUUACUUAGCGAUAUUCCAAAAUCUUUUUAUUUAUGAUGUCUCUGUCUGGGUUUCGUCUGAUGUUUUUUCUUUUAAAGUAAAAAAAUAAAUAUAAAACCACGUCAUUUUCUUCUCAAGUCGUUUAGCGUUGGGUAGCGUGCCUUCUCCUAAUCUCAAUCUUAUUUUUCUUCUCUUAUCAAUAUCCUGUCUUUCUCCCCAUUUAUUUUCCCCCGAAACAAACCUUAACACAUUCAGAUUUGAUCGCAUUCCUUACUCGAACCACACCUUAUUAAUCCUCGAAUCUACCUUCCAUGGAUUCGAUGGCGCCUCAGCGACGUGCAAAAGCAAUUACCGAUCAUUUAAUUCCUUCCGGAGAGUCUUCCUCCAUUCUCCAGCUUAACGCUACCUCCGGCGAGUUUGUUUCCGAACAAGGCUACAGUGUUGUUCUUCCAGAAAAAUUGCAAACAGGAAAGUGGAAUGUGUACAGAUCGGCUCGUUCACCUUUGAAGCUUGUCAGUAGAUUUCAAGAUCAUCCUGAAAUUGGUACACUACAUGACAAUUUUGUGCACGCAAUUGAUACUUUUCGAGAUUACAAGUAUCUGGGAACACGGAUUCGGGUUGAUGGAACAGUUGGAGAGUACAAAUGGAUGACAUAUGGAGAAGUAGGCACUGCUCGGACUGCAAUUGGUUCUGGCCUAGUAUAUCAUGGGAUUUCAAAGGGGUCAAGCAUCGGGUUGUAUUUUAUCAAUAGACCGGAGUGGCUUAUUGUUGAUCAUGCAUGCUCCGCAUAUUCUUACAUAUCAGUUCCUUUAUAUGAUACUCUUGGGCCUGAUGCUGUCAAGUAUAUAGUAAAUCAUGCUGCUGUUCAAGCUAUAUUUUGUGUGCCUCAAACAUUGAAUAGUAUAUUGAGCUUCUUGUCAGAUAUUCCAUCUGUGCGACUAGUUGUGGUUGUUGGAGGAAUAGAUGAUCAAAUUCCAUCACUCCCCUCAUCAACCGGGGUUCAGGUUUUAUCAUAUUCAAAGUUGCUUAGUCAGGGGCGCACUAACCCUCAGCCUUUUUGUCCCCCAAAACCUGAUGAUGUAGCAACCAUUUGCUACACUAGUGGCACAACUGGGACCCCAAAGGGAGCUGUAUUAACUCAUGAGAAUCUGAUUGCGAAUGUUGCUGGUGCAAGUAUUGGUGUCAAAUUUUACCCCUCAGAUGUCUACAUUUCAUAUCUUCCUUUGGCACACAUCUAUGAGCGCGUCAACCAGGUUAUGACAGCAUAUUUUGGAGUUGCUGUUGGAUUCUAUCAGGGGGACAACAUGAAAUUAAUGGAUGAUAUGGCUGCUCUGCGACCUACAAUCUUUUGCAGUGUUCCUAGGCUAUAUAAUAGAAUAUAUGCAGGCAUAACAAAUGCUGUAAAGUCAUCUGGCACACUGAAGCAAAAGCUGUUCAAUGCUGCCUAUAAUGCAAAGAAGCAAGCUUUAUUGAAUGGAAAAACUCCAUCUCCUAUGUGGGACAGAUUGGUAUUCAAUAAGAUAAAAGAUAAGCUUGGAGGACGAGUUCGUUUCAUGGUAUCGGGUGCCUCUCCUUUGUCUCCUGAUGUCAUGGACUUCCUGAAAAUCUGCUUUGGUGGUCGUGUAGCUGAAGGGUAUGGAAUGACUGAAACUUCUUGUGUUAUAAGUUCUAUGGAUGAGGGUGACAGUCUGUCUGGUCAUGUUGGUUCUCCUAAUCCAGCUUGUGAAAUAAAACUUGUUGAUGUUCCAGAAAUGAAUUACACAACUGCGGAUGAGCCAUAUCCUCGAGGUGAAAUCUGUGUCAGGGGUCCAAUUAUUUUCCGUGGCUAUCACAAAGAUGAAGAGCAGACGAGAGAAGUUAUUGAUGAAGAUGGGUGGCUUCAUACUGGAGACAUUGGAUUGUGGUUUUCAGGAGGUCGUCUAAAAAUUAUUGAUAGGAAAAAGAACAUUUUCAAGCUGGCACAGGGAGAGUAUAUUGCUCCAGAAAAAAUUGAGAACGUAUAUGCAAAGUGCAAAUUCGUUGCCCAAUGCUUUGUGCAUGGUGACAGCUUAAAUUCAUCUCUAGUAGCAGUUGUCUCCGUAGACCCAGAUGUAUUACAAGAAUGGGCAGCUUCAGAAGGCAUUAAGUUUGAAAACAUACAGCAGCUAUGCAAUGAUCCAAGAGCAAAGGCUGCCGUCUUGGCUGAUAUGGAUUCUCUUGGAAGAGAAGCUCAGCUAAGAGGUUUUGAGUUCGCAAAAGCUGUGACACUUGUGCCCGAACCAUUUACAUUGGAGAAUGGUCUGCUCACUCCAACAUUCAAGGUCAAGAGACCUCAAGCAAAGGAAUAUUUCGCAAAAGCUAUUUCGGACAUGUACGCUGAGCUCGCAACUUCUGAUCCAUCUCCUCAGAGCAAGUUGUGAAGUGUAAACUAAACUUAAUAAUAAUAAGCAGUUACUUGUAAAUGCUUGUAAGCUGAAAAGGAAAAAAUGAGUAGACAAAUGAAGCAGCUAAAGCAGUUCAAAGAUAAGUUUCAUUGUGUCAGAUGAAACUGGGAAUGGAUAACAUCUCCCCAUCUUACUGUAUUGUUUUUAGAAUUAUUUUUUGGUUUCCAAAUAAAAUUGUGAUGUAACAAGUUAAUUCUGUUACUUAUUCCUAAUAUAAUUAAUAAAAUAGCUUAUUUUUUUGAAA